AAGAAGCCCUUCUUUACCACUUUAGGGGGCGGGGGUGAAGGGGGGGGUUUACAUACAACCGAGGCCAAAGUGGUUUUAUGAUUGAAUCUCAGAGGCAAUUUCUUAUCAUUUGGUAAGAUCCAAGUCCAUGGCCUAAUUUCGGGUUCACAUCGGAGCUUUUGGCAACCACCGUAGGAGGUGUGAUGUACAUUGCACUUCAUUUCAAAGGGGGUGCAACACUUCUAAGUUUUGGGCCUCAUAUAUCCUAUAUACCCACAUGUUUUGUAUGGUGGCGCGAUGUUCUAACGUGAGUCCACGGGAAGGACAUCAUACCCAAAGGUCGUACAAUUAAGGACCCUCGAUAUGGUUUUAUUGCCGUUCAUCGUAUCGGAAAGGUUAUGUUCCUUUUUGCUUUUUGGGCUUCUUUUCAUUCUUCUUUGGCGCCUACGGUAGAGAUCUACGGUAUUUCCCCUUUAGGGAUUUGGGUUUUUAGAUCCUUGGGAAAUCCUUUUAAUACCCCUAUUCUCCUUUCAUCCGGAGCUGCCGUAACUUGGGCUCAUCAUGCUAUAACUCGCGGGGAGGAACGAGCAGUUUAUGCUUUAGUAGCUACCGUUUUCACUGGCUCUAAGUAUUCACUGGAUUUCAGGAAUGGAAUAAUUAAUAAAGCACCCUUCACUAUUCGGAUAGUAUUUUAUGGUUCUACUUUUUUCUUAGCAACUGGCUUUCAUGGUUUUCAUGUGAUUAUAGGUCUCUUUUCUUGGAUCAUAUGUGGUUUCCGCCAAUAUCUUGGUCAUGCUGACCCAAGGAGCAUCAACGUUUGGCUUUGAAGUGCAGCUGCAUGGUACUGGCAUUUUGUAGACGUGGUUCGGUAAUUCCCAUUUGAUUCUAUAAAUUGGUGGGGGGGUAUAUGAAGGAACGAAACAGUGGAUUGAGGAAUGAAAGCUCGAAAAGAACAAAGAGAACCGGGCUUUUCCAAAAGAAAUUACUGCAGCUUUGCCUGCUCCCUUUUUUUAUCAUAUACAAAAAAGUCUCUUCCUUUCCUACCAAUCUCUCUUUAUUCUGGCAUAUAAAUGAAGGGAUCGAAGAGAAUUAUGGCAGAUUAUGUUCCAACCAGAAAUUGAACCCGAAAUUUGAUCUUGGUCUAUUUGAGAUUGUUCCUUUUAAUCGUAAUCAAAGAUGUUUUCCCUUGUCUCUCGUUUCUUUUCUGAACCAAAAUCGAAGAACCUAAUGGAUCGAACUUAU